AUUCCGGGCGACCAAGUCAACUACUGUUCAACCCAGCAACUCCCACCGUCGACAACCCGGAACAGUCACAUUUCCAAUUUCUUUUCCAAAAUCUUCGUCACAGCAGCCAAUAUGUCGGCGACUUUGGACUCAAAGUCUGUUGGCCAGACGAAGAAGUUUGGAAAGGGCGAGAGAGUGAUCCCACACCCCAGCCAAAAGGCACAGAAGUGGUAUCCUGCGGAUGAUGAGCCCCAACCGAAGAAAGCUCGCAAGACUGCCCAUCCUACCAAGCUCCGCCCGAGCCUCCAGCCGGGAACCAUCCUCAUCCUCCUCGCUGGCCGUUUCCGUGGAAAGCGUGUUAUCCUGCUCAAGCACCUUGGCCAGGGUGUCCUCCUUGUUACCGGUCCCUUCAAGCUUAACGGUGUUCCUCUCCGACGAGUAAACGCCAGAUAUGUCAUCGCCACCAGCUCGACUGUCGACUUGAACGGUGUGGACCAGAAAACGUUGGAAAAGGUUUCGCAGCCCGAGUACUUCACUCGCGAGAAGGCCGAGCAGAAGAAGGGUGAAGAAGCUUUCUUCAAGCAGGGAGAGAAGCCAGAGAAGAAGAAGGUCGCCAGCGCACGCGCCGCCGACCAGAAGGCCAUAGAUCAGGCUCUUUUGGCCACCAUCAAGAAAGAGCCAUUCCUCGGCAGUUACCUUGCCUCCACUUUCAGCCUGCGGACAGGUGACAAGCCUCAUGAAAUGAAAUGGUAGAUGCGGGUUGAGGAGCUACGGUUUAAUGUCCUUUUUCUGUUUGUAUGCGAGAGAGGGAAAUUUGCAAAACGUCAUUAAACAUAUGUACACUUAUGCAAUUGCCAUAGGUGAUUUUUACUUCGAAACACCUUCUAUUGCAGAAAGCAAAUAGUAACCUCGAAAAUUGCAAUACAAAUAUUCACCUUCAGA